AUGCGUGAAUCAUACGAAGCCGAAACGCAAGACGACGCUGUCCUGUCAGAGGAAGAGGACUUCGACGCCUUGGACCAUUCUGCACUCGUGAACAUGACUUCGGACCAGCUAGAGCGCAUACUGGCUGCUCUAGUGAGCUUCGCGCCUGCUGCCGCUGAACAAUGGGCGAAUCGCUUCAGUGGUAUCUCCUGGGAGGCAGUAUUACAUAUCGUCAGCGCAUCUGGAGUCAUGGAUACUUCGGUCAUCGAACGAGCGCAGACUCGUUUGGAAACUUUGUAUGGACCUGCGGAGCUACCAGUCGCAUCAAGAGCAGCGCUUCUCCAGACCGAUGCACACGCCGUGGAUGAGUUCGAGUAUGGGUUUGACUACCUCACACUGCCAUAUCCAAAACUUAGACACGGGGCCGCAAAUACCAGUAAAGACGAGGACGACGCAAAGACUGGGGGUAAGAAGAAACGCGGACGUGCACGCGACGACUCCGCUCGAGAAGAUGGGAGUGGCAGCGACUCGGACGUGCCUCUGGCAGUACGAUUGCGAACGCGAAAGCGUUCAGAACGAAGCGUGUCUGGGACGACACCACAACUCCAGCCUCCGGAGGCGAUGGAAGUUGACGGAGCUACUACGCAAACGGUCUCGGGUCGCAGAAGGAGUGCGAGACUGGCGACACCCGGAGUAUAA